AUGAACUCCUUCGAAUACAACUCCUCCCCCAGCCGCGUCCUCUUCGGCCCCGGCACCCUCUCCCAACUGCCCUCCGAACUCACCCGCCUGAACCUCAAAUCUCCACUGGUCCUCUGCACCCCCCAACAAACCCACCAAGCCGAGAGCGUGAAAGCCAUCCUCAAUGGCCAAGUCGCGGGCAUCUUCACCGAGGCGACCAUGCACACGCCCACCCACAUCACCGACAAGGCUCUCGAAUACGCAACGGCCCAAAAUGCAGACAGCGUGAUCUCCAUCGGCGGCGGCAGCACCAUCGGUCUAGGGAAAGCGAUUAGCAUCCGCACCGGUCUCCCGCACAUCUGUAUCCCCACGACCUAUGCGGGGAGUGAAAUGACCCCCAUCCUCGGGGAAACGGCGGAUGGGUUGAAGAAGACGCGCUCCGAUCCGAAGAUUCUUCCCGGGACGGUUAUCUAUGAUGUGGAUUUGACCAUGAGUUUGCCGGUGGCCAUGAGUGCGACGAGUGGGGUUAAUGCUAUUGCGCAUGCGGUGGAAGCCCUCUACGCCCGCAACACCAACCCCAUCAUCAACCUCCUCGCGCUAGAAGGCACCAAAGCCCUCGCCACCUCCCUCCCCGAGCUCAUCACCGACCCGACCUCCCAAUCCGCGCGCUCCUCCGCCCAAUACGGCGCCUGGCUGUGCGGCACCUGUCUCGGCAGCGUGGGCAUGUCCAUCCACCACAAACUCUGCCAUACGCUCGGCGGAAGCUUCAACCUGCCCCACGCGGAGACGCACACGGCAGUCCUACCACACGCUCUCUCCUAUAACGCGCCUCGGAUUCCCGAGGCCAUGAAGAAGUUGGCCGAGGUGCUGCCGGAGAGUAAUGGGGAUGCGAUUCACGGGCUGAAUGUGUUGUUGGGGAAGUUGCAGGUCAAACGCGGACUGAGGGAGUUUGGCAUGAAGGAGGAGGAUAUUGAUAAGGCGGCGGAUAUUGCGGUCGCGAAUCCGUAUUGGAAUCCCAGAGAGAUUGAACGGGAGCCCAUUCGGGAGUUGAUUCGGAGGGUGUGGGCGGGGGAGCCUGCCCGGGCGGAUUUGUAG